GGGCAGUGCAAUCUGUCAAAAGUCUCAGAUCAAAACAAGCGUUUUCGCACGGUUUCGCCGAAGGAAGCGAAAAGACCAAUUUGUUUCACACUGAAGCGCAUCUUAUUUUGUUUGAUUUGCGGGUAAAAAACGCAAAUGAAAAAGCGUUAAACAGUUUUGGAAAGGCGCAUUAAAUAAUAUUGAAUUAACAUCGGAAAUGCCGUACUCACGUCGGCAGUUCUGCAAAGAAAAAUUGAUCCGAUUAGUGGAAGCUAGGCCGGAGAUUUGGAUGGUUAGUCUUAAGAAUAGUAAAGACACUGCCCGGAGGCAAAGGACGUGGACAGAGAUAGCGAGUUACUUUGAUGAUCCGCUGGUGACUGGUGGCGAGUAUUGUGCCAGAAUCUGGAAAAAUUUGUACGAUUCCUGGGUCAAGGAGCAUAUAUAUUGGAUUUCAGGGAAAAGACGGACAGAGCAAAAACCCAAGCGAAAAUGGUGCUGGUACGAUCAACUUUCCUUCCUCAAGGGAUGUGGGAAAGAAUUUACCCCCACAAACCUGCAUCUAAGCUGGACAGAUGAAGAAUCACUGAGUUUGGACGCAAGUGAUAGUGCCCUGUCCAUCUCAAAUCUACAAAACGAAGACACACAAGUUGCCCCGGCAGAUCCACUUCAGCCCAAAGAAGAGACCGGGGAUACAAUGGACAUAACCUCGACAGUGUUACACGAUGCAUCGGCCAGUACCCCAGAAUUUGCAGAAGCAAGUGUCAUCCACACGAUCUGGCCCCUACAGGAGGAGAUUGAAGAUACCCCUUCCAAAGAGAAGGCUGAUUUUCGGAAGCAGCGUGAAGAAAAACGAUUCAAGUGUGCGAAAAGGAAAGCUACUGAUGAGGGUGACACUGAUCGGUCUGUAGAAAAGGCUCGAGUUACAGUGAGGAGAGAAGAUGAUCCUGAAACGGCAUUUUUGAAAAGUUUUGCGCCAUGCUUCAAGAAGCUCACCAAUGUGGAAAAAGCUAAAGUGAAAUUAGCUGUUGCCAAAGUAUUUUUAUACGCGGAUUUGAAUCAAUUCGAGAACCCUAUCUUUAAUGUGUAAUCUAGUUGUAAUGUUAAUGUUCAGAUUGGAUAAUAGGAUUAAAUGGUAUUAAAAAUUCAAUCAUCCCAAUAUUGCAUUUCAAUCAUUGUUAACCUCGAAACAAAUAUGAGAAAGAGAAUGGUACUUUCGUAUCAAACAAUGACUAGUAUUGAAAAUUUGUAAUUGGCAGAAACCAAAGGUUAAAGAAUGAACAGGUUGAGCUUCCUUUGCUACCAAAAGCACUCCGAUCCGAAGUUGGAGAAUAUUUGAAAUUAAAAAAAAAUAGGUUCCUCUGGAUACAUUUCGAGUAGCAUAAUCAUUAAUCCCUUUUAACGUGGGACUACGUCUAACCGGAGUAUAUGGGGGGUAAAAUGAAAACCUAAACACAGAACAUGCAGGAAAAAAUGAAAGAUUCCGAAUGCUUAUAACUCGAACAUUUCUGUAUCGGAAAGAUGUUUGUAUCAAUUGAUAGGCAAUAUUUCUAUGCACAUAUCGCAAUUUAUAAAAUGUUAUUUUUCAUUAGAUAAACAAUUGUAUAACGGUGAAAUUAUUUUAUUAAGGCGUUAUCUAAACGCCUUAACUGCCUCGUUUUGAUUGGCCCGAUUUACGGUUUCCCUAACACAGCCAUCAAAACCAAGCAGCCUUGGGGAAAUCGGCAUUGCAAAUACAGUAAUUUACAUUUAAUGCGACAUUUUUUUAAUUGGACAUACCUGUAAUGCGACACGUUUAAUUGGACAUGUUUACAUCUAAUUGGACAGAGGUGAAUCCGCACUGACAGUGGUUAGUGUCGACGUCUGGUGGCGACUUUCAAUUUGGGACAAAACUCGAUAGUGUAAUCUAUAUCAGAUGAGAAGGCACGAAGCCAGUUUUGAAAUAAUAAAAUUUGAAUGAAAAUAUGUACACCAUGUUAAUUAAUUACUUGAAACACGUAUUUUUGAUUCUUAUUUAAUCGAUUGUCUAUACACUUCUGAUAUUUUGACUGAAGCCUUUCAUUAUAUAUAAUAUAAAAUUGUUCUCAAACACGAUUUUCGUAUGAGGUUUUUUUACCCCAUGUAAAAAAAGUGUAUUUCAUUUAAAUAGAAUACUAAUUUGAUACGAAUAAGUUAAUUUUUAUUCAUAAUUUUAAUUUUGAAAACGUGUUCAUUCCGCCUGAAAAUUAAUUACUAUCUUGGACGCUCCCAAAAUCAUGAAACGAAGCUCAGUGCCGUCAACGCGAAUAUCAACAAACACAGCACAAACGAAAAACAGAAUGUGAAAAACAAGUUAGAACCAAUCAAUCAAAUCAAGAAAAACAUCAAAAUGGACUCAGAAUAACAUUUUGAUAAAUCGUGGUGAGAGUGUUCUACAAGUGGCUGACGAAACGGGCCUUCCACGGUCGACAGUUUACGGAAUCGAGAAGCAAGAAAUAGCAUUGCGGUAUUGCAAGGCGUUGGUCAACUAAACUAUCCCUUGAUUUCGAGAUAAUAAUAGGAAAUAUAAAGGUAGAGAAACCAGAUGCCGAAAUCGACACAACUAUCGUUAAGGAAGAAUAUGAUGUGAAACUUAAAAAUACGAAUGCAAUCACUCAGCCCAUGGCGCCGAAGAAAUUAACCAAGAACAUUCAUAAACUUAUCAAAAAAGCAUCAAAACACAAAUCUUAUUUACGAUAUGGAUUAAAGGAUGUUCAAGUGCGUCCGCGGAAUAAUGAAACAGGGAAAGCAAUGUGUAUAUUGUGUGUUGAAAUGGAGGUUGCAAUUUAUAAAAAAGAUUGUCAUUUUCGCUGCAGAAAAGUGGAAAUCAUGUGUCACUUGCCAUCUGUUUGUGAGAAACGCAAUAUCCCAUAUUGCUAUGCGCCGAGUCGGAAGACUUGGGAGCAGCAGUGGGUGUGAAAUGAGGCACAGUCGCAAUACUAAUCCGAGAGCAGCCCGAUUAUCAGGAACAGUGCGAUAAACUAAAAGUGAAGAAUCAAUGCCGUCAACACGAAUAUACCAUUGUGCGAGUUUUUACAACACGAUAAAUUUUUAGGAGUAUUUUCAACCAUUUUUCCAAUCAAAACAAUUUAUGGUGUUACAAUCAAUCAUUUUGUAUUUUUGUUAUCAUGCCAUAUACUUAAUUAAAAUUCACUAUUGUUAUUCGUCAAGAAGGCGAAUAAUUUCAUUUUCAUAUUCGUUUUUUCAUUUUUCGGCUUCCACUAAUUUACGGUCAUCACCAACAGCAAUAAGAACAUUUUUGAGUACAUCCAUGAUGCUGAUAGCCUACUUAUAAUCAUUGCGUUUUUCGGAUUGACUGCUCCAAGAGUACAUAUAACCGAAGUACUAAGAUCACCCUCAGCACUUUCGUUAGCAUCGCAAUCUUGCUCUUCAUGGUCGGCCUCGAAAAAGUCACCACCAGAGGCUUGGCCAAUUGCUCGUCGGUAUAUAUUUGCGCUACAUCUAUGUUGUCUGAGUUGCUUAGCCACUCUUGAACUUCUUCUUCGGUCAGUUCGUAGUUUGGAUCAACGAGUUGCACUACUUUAGAAAGCAACACGCGGGGGUCACUUGUUGGUGAAGAAAUUGUGAAAUCCUUGAACGAGUUAUAGUUUUGAUCUUGACUUAAGAGAUUGCGCCAACAGUUAGCAAUCGUUUCUGGAGUUACAGUGGCCCACGCAUCAGUCGCUAGUUGAAUAGCAUCAUAAAGGCUAAAUGAUUUGAUAACCUCUGUAACUGGGCGAUCGCUGUCAGUUUCUAACAGAACACGGCGCAGAAAAUUCGAUUUAUAGAUAACUAAAAAAUAAAAAUAAUAUUCACUAACUUGGACUCGAAAAUGUAAUGACAUUAUUACCCUUAAAAGCAUUGAUGAUUCCUUGAACCAUAGGCUGAAGAAAGCUUGUCACAUUUGGAGGAAGGAAGAUCACCUGAAUUUCUGCGUCAUCCACUUGAAACUUAUCUUUACUGCAAUGUGCGGUGCAAUUAUCUAGAAUUAGAAGCGCAUUAGUCGGUCUAUUCUGUGCAGCUGCCUUCCGUUUGAUCUCAGGAACGAAAACGGAGUAGGACCAAUCAGUAAACGUCGCACUAGUUUGCCACGCUUUCUUAUUUGAAAAAUAGUGUAUCCCAUCAGGCACGCCUUGCGUUUUAAAGCACCUAGGAUUUGAUGCGCGGCCAAGCACUUGUAAUGGUAAUUUGUGGCUACCACUUGCAUUGCUGCAAGGGUAAUUGUCAGUCUCUCCUUCAACGACUUGCGUCCGGGUGCAGUUUUUUCGCUAGAACUAACCAAUGACUUUGUAGGCAAGGCUUUCACAGACUAUGUUCUUAUCUUUGAUGGUGAGGACAUUAUACUUUCGUCUCUUGUAUUUCACUGGACGGUCAUUUUGAUCAGGCUUGCUGUUAGCUUCGCUGACGGUGAUUUGUUCUAAAGCAAUAGAACAGCUCGAAUGAAUGUUGGCCGGUAGUAGAUCUUCUAAAUAUUCAUCUAAAUAUUCUCCUUGCAUGUAUCCUUCACCAAUGUCUACGAAAAUUGAGUUCAUUUUGCUGUUUUUCUUUUCUGGUUCUAACUUGUUUUUCACAUUCUGUUUUUCGUUUGUGCUGUGUUUGUUGAUAUUCGCGUUGACGGCACUGAGCUUUGUUCCACGAUUUCGGGAGCGUCGAAGAU